GUCUUCCUCGCCGAGUGUUCAAAGAUUUACGAGGAGAAUGACCUUGUGGGGAGGGGUCAAGAACGUUCUAUAUCUUGUUUUAAAAACUUCCUCUGAACGUCGAAGUAUAGCAAUUAUUUUUUUCUUAUACCACCAUUAACCGAUGAGGCGUUUUGUUGGAUAAAAGGCUCGAAAUGGAAUCAAAAGAGUCCCCUUAUGCCGUCAUCAGUAAUCCCACUCGGAUAAUAGUACAGGAAUGGUUUCAAGACAAGAUCACAGCGAAGCAAGAUGUCACUAUGCCCAUAUUUUGUGAAGCAUUUAAUUUUCUGUGCGAAAAUGAUGCACUUGAGGCUUUUAUGGUUCCUUUAUCUUCAAACAAUAUACCGAGCAAAGUGCGAACGUCGAUAAGCCUCAGAUACGAAGGUUGGAGGCGUAAUGAAGGCGUACAGUAUUGGGCUUCCCGGCAGGCGAACUUCGUAGUCGAUGAUGCAACAGAGAAGGUUACUGUGAACAUUGCGGGCAGGGGACAAUUGGGCCGGAAGAAGAAAACCGCUAUUAUCAGGGAUAGCCCAUGGAAGGAGCUCACGGUGAAUCUCCACCAAGUUAUUAAUGCCCAAAAAGUGGAGCGCUUUGCUGUUGUUGGCCCAGGCAUGUCCCUUCUCCAUGUGCAGCUCUUUCAACAUGCUAUCAAUCUGCUGAAAGAGUACGAGUGCUAGGAACAGGCUUACAAAGACAAGAGCCUGGUUAAGGACGUCCAGAAGUAUAUCUUACCUCUUGAUGCGAUCAUGUUGUCUUCAUUGGAUGUCAUUUCUUUCGCAUUUCAGUCUGUUGGCUCUUUAUCAUUUACUAUGCUCUAUCUUAAUACUAUAUAGAGUGGCGAUGUCCUGCGUGUUGAACACUAUGUCCUCUCGAGCUGUUCAGCAUUUUCUAGUCAACGAAG